GCUCCGAGGGGAGGUCACCUGACCGACCGGUUUUUAUCCGAGAAACCCUUAUCAGGAUUAACUUUCACGGUUUCCGGCGACCAGGGAAUUGGACGACCUCCCCCGACGCUACGUUGCACCGCGGCGCUGCGACCAGCCUUAAGAUGGUAUGGUCGCGGCGAAGGGCAUUCGGCCACCGCGGUUGAAACGCAUCCCCCCACACACACCCCCACGGGUCGACGAGACAGGCAGAGGAUGGACGGGGCGGCAUAGUUUAGGGUGCGCAAUUGAUGGAGCAGGGAGGGACUUCGGGGACCAGCGGCCCCAACAAUAUGGUGUCAGAAGUCGUACGAACCCUCACGUCUUCACGGGAAGGUAGCGCGUUACUCCACGCAAAGGUAAGGCAUGUGUUCACCGGCCAGGGGACCCCUACAUGGAAAGCGUUUUCCCGCAAUAUCAUAGGGGCUAAAGAGCUUAAUGGCUGGUCGGACGCGCAGGCGUUACGACAUCUUACGUUGAACCUGGAUGGGCGGGCAGCCGACUUUGUAGAGAUACUACCCGAAAGCGCGCAAACCCAACUAGAGGAACUAAUGCGUAGAUUAGAUCGGCGUUUCGGCACGCGCCGACGCCAACCUGGCGAGGACUUCCGAGACUACGCCGAGGACGUGCGAUCAGUAACCCAGAUCGCCCGUCCAGAGUUCGCGAAGGAGGUCAUUGACGCGCUAGCUGCAGACAAGCUACUCAGGUACCUAGCUCGCACCGCGUGGUGGCAGCCCAAAAGGGGUAGCGCAGGCCUCCCCUUCGAUACCCUAGUCGAGCAAGCACUCGAGUGUGAGGAGCUCUCCAGCGAACGUGCGCAGCUCCGAGGGUCGGGACAGAAGUGCACCGUGGCGAGCCUGAUCCCUGACGAGGAUGAGGAGGAGCCCGCCAGCCCAAUAAGGAGACGGCCAAGAGAGCCCCAGAGACCAAGCGAGACAACCCCGGGGUGGGUAGCCGGGUUACAGACCGGCAUGGGAGAUAUUGCUGGCCGGGUAGACCAUAUGGGCGGUAAGGUAACCCAAGUAGGUGAGAGGAUAACCCACGUAGACGAUCAAAUGAGCCGAAAUAUGACCAAGCUACAGUCUACCGUUGAGACUGAGAUGGGAGAACUAUGCUCGACAGUGGGGGGGCUGGCCGGGAGGGUAGCCCAAUUAGAGUCCGAUAUGGGACAACGGCGUACAGGGAGAGGGAGCAGGCAGGGGGCCCACUACGGAGCCGCCACCCCUCCCCGGACGUGUUAUGUGUGCGACCGUCGAGGGCAUCUCAUGAGAAACUGCCCUCAGCUCGCCCGUGCGAGGCAGAUGCAUAGGUCAAACACUAAGGCCCCCCUAGAGAGGGGACCACCGAGGGAUGAAAUCGACGUAGCCCCGACCCAAACAAGCUGUAAUGAUAAUGGCGAGCGAGUGAUCUCCACGCAGAUUCCAGCAACGACACCAAGGAACGCGGCGACUCCUGGCGACAGGCUGCGGGAGCUGGUGGCGGGAAUCACGGGGGCCACGUCGCUGGUGGAGGGGCAGGUCAAAGGACGCCGUACCCAGAUCUUGCUGGACACGGGGGCGGUGGCCUCGCUCGUGAGCGCGGCGCACUGCAGCAUGAUCGGGGUCGAUGUGAGCCGCCUGCAGGCCCCGGACCGUGCGCUGCACACGGCGAGCGGAGCCGGAAUGGGGCUGCUGAGGAGAGCCACCCUAGAGGUCCGCAUAGGCAGCCAGGUGUGCACCCAGGAGUUCUACAUGUCGAGUGUGUUGUGUCACGAGUGUAUUGCAGGUACCGACCUCCUAGAGAAGCUGGGACUCAACGUGCAACCCCGCCAGCGAUGCGCCACCAUGGAGAGCGUUCCUGGGACGAGAACCGACGCGCCCCCACUUCACACCUGUGGCCGCUAUCCUGGCGACGGCAGUCACCAUCGGGUCGCUCACCGAGAUGCUGGUGCCGGUGGCAACAUCCCCCACCGACCCCGCGCUCCAACCAUCAGGGGAGGUAAUGCUAACUCCUCACCUGGAGUUGGCAAAACGGUAUGGGGUCGUGGGAUCCGCCACGUUGGUAAAUGCAGAUGGGGACCGAUUGUUUAUGCGGAUGUUUAACCCCCACAGUGCCCCAGCGAUACUGCGACAGCGCACCCCGAUAGCUACCGUACACCCCCUGCAUGCAUGCCACUCUAACGACUCGGUGUCGCACUCUGGGCUGAGGACCCCGGUCGUCCUGAGGGUGACCAGGACCUGGCCUGGCGAGUCGGCCCGACUCCCCGAGCCGAGGUCGUUCCCCUGCUCGACGCGUUACAUGUACCAUGGGCGAAUUUACCUAAGGGAGAGGCCGAUCGGCUGCGCGAGUUACUGCGGGAGUAUGCCGACGUGUUCAGCGAACACGACUCGGACGUGGGUCGGACCGACCUUGUUAAGCACCAAAUUGACACCGGUGCAGCCCGACCCAUCAAACUCCCUGCGUACCGAGUGGGCGCACCCGAACGCACCCAUAUCAAAGAGGCUUCGCGAUAACAUAAUUCAGCCCUCGGCGAGCCCCUGGUCAGCCCCAGUGGUACUAGUAACGAAAAAGGAUGGGUCAACCCGGUUCUGCGUCGAUUACCGUAAACUGAACGCAGUCACGCUCGGCGACGCCUUCCCCAUACCCCGCAUCGACGACACGUUUGACAGCCUCGCCGGAGCGCGAUAUUUUUCCACCCUCGAUCUCGCGUCCGGGUACUGGCAGGUGGAGAUGGCAGAGGAGGAUCAGCCGAAAACCGCAUUCACCACCCCGAUGGGACUAUUCGAGUUUCGAGUACUCACGUUCGGACUCACCAAUGCGCCCGCGACGUUCCAGCGGCUGAUGGAGUUGGUGAUGCGGGGCUUCCAAUGGGAACAGUGCCUGAUUUACUUGGAUGACGUGAUCGUGUUCAGUAGAUCUUUGUCUGAGCACUGGUCCAGGCUACGAGAGGUGUUCCAGCGACUGCGAGCGGCUCAUCUCAAGCUCAAGCCACAUGGCCCGGUGAUUGGCGCAGUUGCAGGAGUACAAUCUGCAAAUCGAGUAUCGGGCUGGCCGGAUGCAUGCAAACGCGGACGCCUUGUCGAGGCGGCCCACGGUGUACGCCGAGACAAGGGCGGAGGAGGCCUGCCCGUGUUUCACGGGGUGACUCGCGGGACCCACGGCUCGGGACCCGGCGGAUCACCCCGCCCCGAUCGGACGGAUCCAGGAGGAUGUCGGCUGCGCCUUCCCGGGCCUGAACGACGAGCAGCUGAGACAGACCCAGCAGCGGGAUCCGGAUCUGGCGGCAGUGGAGGCGGCACUGCGGGAGGAAAAAAGUGCCCUACCAGGACCCUGGAGCGCCGGAGGAGGGAAGCCGCCCCGUGGAACACCUGUUGGAGACCCUGCGAGAAGCCCGAGGCCGAGCAUACCCGCAAGGGGAAGCCGCGCAUCGGCCGCAGGAACAGGGCACCCGACCCCGCAUGGAACCCCCCUUAUUCCUGACAGGCGCUAAGUUUGCGCCGCGGAUACGGCUGUGGCUCCCCAACUCGCCGCGGCUUCCCGGCUGGACAAGGGGCCGGAGGCGAACCAUCGGCCCAACGUUGCUGCUGCUGCCAUGGCGACGGCGUCGGGCAGGGCUGGAGAGCCGGCCCAGCCACUAAGUGACCCUUGCAAUUGCAAAGGGCACCGUGGCCAGCAGAGGGCCCGCUAGAGUCACUGCUAGCGAGUGGGUAAAAAAAAAUCAUACAUCAGAGAGGGGCCUCCAACCAAAUUUUGCUAAGGGCCCCCAAAGGUCUAGGGCCGGUUCUGACCACCAACCAUCAUCAUCACCACCCAUACUUAUCAUCAUCACCAUCAUCAAACAUCAUCACACAUCGUCAUCACCAUCCACUCGCACCACCUGCACUGCACCACGUGGUGCGACAGUCAGGCGCGUGGGGGCGGAGCCUCACGGUAGUGACGCCGACAGUGGAGAGGAAUGCGCACGAGGGAUCAGCAGCAAAACCCUUUGGAGAGCCAAUCCUCAACGAGACCAUCCAACUUCAAACAGAAUUUACUCCUUCCCAACAACAUGGACAGCCAAAUUAAGUGGGCAGACAUCUUGGAUGACUACGAAGCCGGGAGUCGUCGUGCCAGUCGAUCUCGUGGGGGGACAUUAUGGACAAAGUGGACCCUUUUCCAGGCCAAAGUUACAAGCUUCGCUCCCCAAAGAGAAAAAUUGGGGAGUUGAAGGCCUUUAGCAUGGUGAAGCAUCUCCAGGAGGAGAAGGACCUUGCGACGGAGAAAUGCCUCAUGGUAGAGGAGCACAUCUUUGCCAGUGUCAAGUGCCGCACAGAGGAGAAGCGCUUCAGAGACUAUCUCCUCAAGAAGAGCCUCGUGAAAGUGAAGUCCUUCACGGAUGAGAAGCGUCUUCGGGAAAUGAAGCAUCGCGAGGAGAAUUGUCUGGAGGAGGAGGAGGAGGAGAAGGAGGAGAAGUACCUGGAGGAGGAGCAGUGCCUCGUCAGGAUUGCUACCAUCACCAACACUGCUAUCAACGAUGCCACCGCCACCACCGCCACCACCGCCACCGCUGCCACCACCGCUGCAACCACUGCCACCGCUGCCAGUGACACCGCCACCAUCGCCACCACCGCUACCGACACCGUCGCCACUGACAGCACCGCCACCACCGCCGCCACCACCGUGGCAACCACCGCCUCUGCUACCACCACCACAACUGACACCACCACCAACGCCACAACCACCACCGCUGUCACCUCUGCCACCUCCGCCACCACCGCUGCCACCGAGACCACCAAAACCACUGACACCACCGCCACCACUGCCACCGACACCACCGACACCACCGCGGAAACUACCACCUCUGCCGCCACCACCGCAACUGACAACACCGCCACCACCACUGACAUCACAACCACCACCACCGCUAUCACCUCCGCCACCGCUGCCACCACCGCCAUCAGUGACACCACCGCCACCAUCACCGCCACCACCGCCACCACCGCCGCUACCGACACCGUCGCCACUGACACGACCCCCGCCGCCACCGUCACCGCUACCACCGCGACAACCACCACCUCUGCCACCACCACCACAUCUGACACCACCAACGCCACAACCACCACCGCUGUCACCUCUGCCACCACUGCCACCGACACCACCAACACCACCGCGGAAACUACCACCUCUGCCGCCACCACUGCCACUGACACCACCACCACCUCCGCCACCACCGCCACCGACACCACCGCCACCACGGUGGCAACCACCACCGCCACCACCAUCACCACCGCUAUCACCUCCGCCACCUCUGCCACUGACACCACCGACACCACCGCGGACACUACCACCUCUGCCGCCACCACCUCAACAGAUAACACCGCCACCACUGACACUGACACCACCACCACCUCUGCCACCACGGCCACUGACACCACCGCCACCACUGCGGAAACCGCCACCACCACCACCACCGCUAUCACCUCCGCACCUCUGCCACCACCGCUGCCACCGCCACCACCUCUGCAACCUCCGAGGACGAAGAGGUUGAGGAGGAUGCAGAGGAGAGAACGGAGAAAACAGAGAAAGGGGAGAAGAUGGUGGUGGAGGAUAAAGAGGAGGUGGAGGAGGACGAGUUAAAGGAGGAGGAGAUGGAGGAGGUGCAGGUGGUGGAGGUGGUGUUGCAGGAAAAGAAGAGGAAGCGAGGGGCCUCGCUCGCCUGGCGAGAGCGAUCACCUCACUCCUCCGCCGCGUGCUGCUUUGUGGUGGCAUGUCCACCACUCAGUAGGGGUGAUGGUGGUGUUCGUGGAUUGGUGCCAACCAUGACCAUUAUCACUAUACUACCCACCCACCCCGUGAUACAUGCCACACACCAACCCACCCACCCACUCCGUGAUACAUGCCACACACCAACCCACCCACCGACCCCGUGAUACAUGCCUAACACAAACCACCUUUCCCCAGAGAGACGUUGCCACUGGGACCACAGCUGUAGAAGGAAGCUGAGCAGCAGAUGCCAGGACUACAUUGGAGAACGACUGCUACCAAGACAGCGCACACACCACACACUAACGGGACUAGCUCAAAAACAAUGCCGGCCCCACCCUGGGCCCCUUCCAUGCUGAUUUUCAUCCAGGCAGUUCUCAUUGGAUGACCUUCCCAUGGUUUCCAGGACAUGGAAGGGGCAGCUGACCCAGGGUGAGAGAGCUGGAGGGGUCUGGUACAGACAAUGGACGAAACCUGCCACAUGGCAAGCCCCAGGGCCACCCUGUAUAGAAUUAGGUUCAAUGCCAUUGUUGUUGUUGGUACUAUAAACUAUGUGAAAUAAACCCAUGAUGACACGAAA